UAAAAUCACUUCCGGUGACGGAACCCGGAAGUAGGCGUAUCUGUUUGUGUGUAUGUGACGGCUUUUAUUGACAGUUCUGUACAUCACAUUAGUCUCAUACAAUCGCCCCAUGUGAAACCUUUAGAAAGACUAUAGCUUGUCAACUCACAGUACACUUCCAUUUUUUAUCAUUUAGCUAUUUUGUUUUGGUCUGAGUGAAUGUGUGUUCACUGUAUGUUUCGCGACUUAGCGACUCGAAGCUAGCCAUACUCGUCGGCCUUGUGAAGCGAAUUCACCAAAAGAUGUUUUUGUAUUUAAUUGCGUGACGUCGUUUGGGAGGAGACUAAAACAAGCAAAUGGCUGUGGAGCUGGAUGUGUUCGUGGGUAACACCACUAUCAUGGACGAGGAGGUUUAUCAGCUUUGGUUAGAUGGAUAUACAGUUAACGAUGCAGUGAAAGUUCGAAUGGAGGGCGGCGCACUGGACGAGUGCGAGGCAAACGCGGACGUGCUGUUGAGUGACACCAUGGACCAGUACAGAACUUUCCAGAUGUGCGAGCGUCUGCUGCACAGUCCAUCCAAGCUGGCCAAUCAGCUGCUCUUCCAGAUCCCACCUCAUCGCCAAGCCAUGCUUAUUGAGAGGUACUAUGAUUUUGAUGAUGUAUUUGUGCGUGAAGUCCUGGGCAAAAAACUUUCAAAAGGAACCAAGAAAGACUUGGAUGACAUCAGCGCCAAGACGGGCGUGACUCUGAAAAGCUGCAGACGACAGUUUGACAACUUCAAGCGUGUUUUUAAAGUGGUGGAAGAGCUAAAGGGCCCUCUAGUGGAGAACAUACGUCAACAUUUCCUUCUCUCUGACAAGCUUGGAAGGGAUUACGCGGCCAUUGUGUUCUUUGCCAACAAUCGCUUUGAGACGGGGAAGAGAAAGCUGCAUUAUCUCACGUUCCAGGAUUUUGCUUACUGUGCCGGGCAGCUUAUCGACCACUGGACAGUUGGAGCUGUUGAUAACAUGGCGGAAGACAUGGAUGUGGAUCUCGACAAAGAAUUCCUGCAAGAGCUGAAAGAACUGAAGAUUUUAAUCUCCGACAAGGAUCUGCUGGAUCAACACAAAAGCCUUGUCUGCACAGCCCUCAGGGGGAAAACGAAAGCCUUUCCUGAGAUGGAGGCCAAUUUCAAGAAUCUUUCCAGGGGCCUUGUGAACAUUGCAGCCAAGUUAACAAACACCAAAGAUGUCCGUGAUUUCUUCAUCGACCUCGUGGAGAAGUUUAUUGAGCCGUGUCGCUCGGACCGAUGGACGGCGGCGGACACGAGGCUCUACCUGACUCACUACAGCAAUUCAGCGCAUAUACUUGACACCUUUAAACAUCAAGUUGUGUGGGACAGAUACAUGGGCGUCAUCAAAAGCUGCAUCUUCAAAAUGUAUCACGACUGACCGGCUUUUUUUCUCGACCAUUCCAUUUUUUCUCCACUCCUGGCCAAAGCUGUUAUCUUCACCACCCCUCCCCCUCCUCGUAUGGAAAGCUGUUUUAUUCGAUACCCUUGAUAUCCACGAUAAGGUUCAUGUACUAGAACGCUCAUUUUAUACUCACUUGAGACAAUUCAACACAGGAGUUACAAGUAUGACCCUUGAAAGUGACAUCACAUUGGCAGUUCGCAGAGAGCUGUUGUUCACAACCCUGGCAAAUCUGAAAAAAUAAAAUAAAAAUGACGGGGUAAAUCAAAUGAGGCUGCAAAAUUGUGUAAAAUUUCCACCAUUGAGUGCCAAAUACUGUAGUUGCCAGGCUUUGCACAUUUUCAGCAGUUAUCUUCACACAUGUUCGAAACAAACCUCUGAAUUCACUUUGAAAGACUCAAAAACCUUUUUAGAAUUUUAUUCAACAAUGAUAUCCAAGGUAAGGGUUCAAUCACUAGAAUGCUGUUUGUCCUCACUCGUAAGAAAUUUACCACCGUGUAGAACUACCGUCUUACGAGUACUCUUGACGUUUAUUUGUUUCCACUGCUGAUGCCAGAUUUGGUCAACAUUUAAGCCUUACUAGUAAACUACAGUGCCACACCAGUACCACGACUAGGCCCAACCGGUAGGCAUGUUUCAUACGUUAUAGUAGCUUCCUUAUCAG